AUGGCUUCUACCGAUUGUUAUCUUGCCAUUCCAGGCUCAGUGGCGUUCUCUCGUUCACGCGGCAAAGCCAUUGCGGAGAGCCUGGGGGUCGAGGAUGUCCGCGCGCAGUGGAUUCAUUACGUCCACACCUCGAAGCCUCUCGAUCAAUCUCAACGGGCGGUUCUUGAGCAAUUGCUCAAGUAUGGCGACAUUACCGAUAUUUCUCCUUCUUUCACCGCUGAUGAGGGCCAAUCCGAUACCUAUUACGUUUUUCCGCGAACCGGCACCAUCUCUCCUUGGAGCUCCCAAGCUACCGGUAUCGCUCAAGUAUGUGGCCUGCGUCAAUCUGUCAAGCGUAUCGAGCGAGGCAUGAAGGUUUCCUGCCUCCGGAAGGGAGGUGAGGACUACAAGGAAGGGUAUCUGGACAUACUCCACGAUCGAAUGACUCAGUCUAUCGGCAACGAGGAGCCUGAUCUCAAGCUGAUGUUCUCCGAGCAUGAGCCCCUGCCUCUCAAGACAAUCCCCCUCCGUAAUGGGGACAAGUCCCCCAAGCAGGUUCUUCAGGAAGCAAACAAAGAGCUCGGUCUCGCGUUGGAUGAAUCGGAGAUUGACUACUUGGCGGAGGCUUACGGGCCUAAUGGUGCUAUUGCUCGGGAUCCGACCGAUGUUGAAUUGUUCAUGUUUGCCCAGGUCAACUCAGAGCACUGCCGUCACAAACAGUUCAACGCUUCUUGGGUCAUUGACAAUAAGACAAUGCCCAAUAGUUUGUUUGCCAUGAUCCGAAACACUCACAAGAAGCAUCCAGAGUACACUGUCAGCGCAUACAGUGAUAAUGCUGCAGUGCUCGAAGGAGGCCCUGCUGCUUUCUGGGCUCCUGAUCCCACAACUGGGGAAUGGACUCAUACCAAGGAAGUUGUGCACUUCCUUGCCAAAGUCGAGACUCACAACCAUCCCACCGCCGUUUCGCCUUACCCCGGUGCUGCCACUGGAUCUGGUGGUGAAAUCCGUGACGAAGGUGCAGUCGGUCGUGGUUCUCGUCCCAAAGCUGGUCUUUCUGGCUACUGCGUGUCGGAUCUUUUGAUUCCCGGGCUGCGCCAACCCUGGGAGCUUGACGUUGGCAAGCCAAACCAUAUUGCAAGCAGUUUGGACAUUAUGCUGGAGGCUCCCAUUGGCAGCGCUGCCUACAACAACGAAUUUGGCCGUCCCUGCACGGGUGGUUAUUUCCGCACCCUUCUCACAGAGAUCGACGUGGGCAACGGAGAGAAGGAAAUUCGCGGAUACCACAAGCCCAUCAUGAUCGCCGGAGGUGUCGGCACUGUCCGUCCUCAGCACGCUCUGAAGAAUCCCGACGUUGUCAAGCCCGGUUCUUAUCUCGUUGUGCUGGGCGGUCCGGCCAUGCUGAUCGGUCUCGGCGGCGGUGCUGCAUCCAGUAUCACCUCUGGCGAAGGAUCAGCCGAUCUUGACUUCGCUAGUGUUCAAAGAGGUAAUGCUGAGGUUCAGCGUCGUGCCCAGGAAGUCAUCAACGCCUGUGUUGCCAUGGGUAAUGACAACCCCAUCAAAUUUAUCCACGACGUUGGUGCUGGUGGUCUCUCAAACGCUCUGCCUGAACUGAUUCACGACUCUGGUUUGGGUGCCACCUUUGAACUGCGGGAAGUGGACAGCGCCGAUCGCAGCAUGAGUCCCAUGCAGAUUUGGUGCUGUGAAGCCCAGGAGCGAUACGUUCUAGCGGUUGGUGAGGAAAGUAUCAAUAAGUUUACUGCCAUCGCUCAGCGUGAGCGUUGUGGUUUCUCCGUGGUUGGCCGGGGUGGCGGCACUUCUGAAGAGGACAAGCGUCUCAUCCUUCUCGACCGCGAGUCCAAGGAGUAUCCUGCACCAAUUGAUCUUCCUCUCUCCGUGCUGUUCGGCAAGCCGCCGCGCAUGACGCGGACUGUUGACUCGCGCAAGCUGACCCUCCCCGCCGUUGAUUCAAGCCUCACAAAGUAUCUUCCAUCAAUCACGUCGAAGGUUGAGCUGAUUGAUGAGGCUGUCAACCGCGUUCUUUCUCUCCCCGCGGUUGGCUCAAAGUCUUUCUUGAUCACCAUUGGUGAUCGUACUGUUGGUGGUCUGACCGCCCGUGAUCAGAUGGUCGGAAAGUGGCAAACACCAGUCUCGGACGUUUCGGUCACAGCGACUUCGCUGCUGCAGGGCGUCAGGACUGGUGAAGCCAUGGCAAUGGGCGAGAAACCUCUGUUGGCGCUGAUCUCACCUGGUGCUUCUGCCCGGAUGGCCGUCGCUGAGUCCUUGAUGAAUAUCGCUGCCUCAGAUCUGGUAGACCGCCUCAGCCGUGUCAAGCUGUCGGCCAAUUGGAUGUCUGCCAGCAGCCAUCCCGGUGAAGGAGCCGCAAUCUACGAGGCUGUAGAGGCCAUUGGUCUUGAUCUGUGUCCCAAGCUUGGCAUCAGCAUCCCUGUUGGCAAAGACUCCAUGUCUAUGAAGAUGAAGUGGAAGGACGCAGAGACCAGUGAAGCCAAAGAAGUAACUGCGCCGAUGUCUUGUGUCAUUUCUGCCUUCGCUCCCGUUGGCGAUUAUCGCAAGACUUGGACCCCUGCUCUGCGGAGUCUAGAGGAUGUUGGAGAGACCGUUCUCAUGUUUGUCGAUCUAGCAUUUGGUCGCAAGACCCUCGGUGGAUCUGCGCUUGCUCAGGUCUUCAAUGAGGUUGGUACUGAGUGCCCCGACGUCCGUGAUGUGGAAAUCUUCCGCGAUUUCUUCGAUGCGACACAGCAGUUACAAGAGGCUGGCAUCGUUCUGGCUUACCAUGAUCGAUCUGACGGAGGCCUUCUCACCACUCUUGCCGAAAUGAUGUUUGCUGGUCGCUGUGGUGUCGAGAUCAUGCUCGACAAUAUCUGCUCUUCAUUCAAAACCCAGGAUUUGGUUGAGUGUCUCUUCAACGAGGAGCUUGGUGCGGUUUUCCAGGUCCGCAAGGAACACGAAAUCCAAUUCCGCUCUUGCUUCGCCACCUGCGGUCCCCCCGCAGGUCUGAUCCACAAGAUUGGACGCGUAUCUGAGAAGCAGAAGCAGAAUUUGACCAUCUAUCACAAGGCUUCCUUGAUCUACCGCAACUCUCGCGCCAAUCUCCAGCAGACCUGGUCAAAGACAUCUUAUCACAUGCAAAAGAUGCGUGACAAUCCCGAAUGUGCCGAGCAAGAGUUCGAGAACAUCCUCGACGAUUCCAAUCCUGGUCUAUCAUGGAACUCUACUUUCGAUCCCAAGGACCGUGGUCUACCAGUGAUGACAAGCCUGUCGCAGUACUCUCCCUUCUCCAACAAGCCUCGCGUGGCUAUCCUGCGUGAGCAGGGUGUGAACAGUCAGGCUGAAAUGGCUUUUGCAUUCAACACAGCAGGUUUCUCUGCCGUUGACGUUCACAUGACCGAUAUAAUUUCCGGUCGCGUUUCUCUGGCUAGCUUCGCCGGCCUGGCUGCCUGCGGCGGUUUCUCCUAUGGUGACGUUCUUGGUGCUGGACAAGGAUGGGCCAAGUCCGUUCUGCUGCACGAGAACACUCGCAAGGAGUUCCAGGCCUUCUUCGAGCGUCCCGAUACCUUCGCUCUAGGUGUCUGCAACGGUUGCCAGUUCCUGUCUCGUGUCAAGGAGCUGAUCCCCGGUGCUGGUAAUUGGCCAAGCUUUGAGCGGAACACUAGUGAGCAGUAUGAGGGCCGUGUCGCCAUGGUUCGCAUUUCGGACCCCGAUCCUUCCCGCCCCAGCGUCUUCUUCCAUGGCAUGAACGGCUCGUCCUUCCCUAUUGCCGUCGCUCACGGUGAGGGUCGUGCUUCGUUCGCAGGCACUCCUGGCCAGAGUGCUGCCGAUUUUGUUCGUGAUGGUCUCGCUCCAGUUCGUUAUGUCGACAACGCCACAUUGAAACCAACCAUGCGCUACCCUUACAACCCUAAUGGAAGUCCUGAGGGCAUUGCUGGUGUGCGUAGCCCUGAUGGCCGGGUAUUGGCAAUCAUGCCUCAUCCUGAGCGCACUGUCAUGAACGGUAUUGCCAGCUACCUGCCGCCCAAUGCCGAAGAGUGGGGAGAGAUUGGACCCUGGGGCCGUAUCUUCUUCAGUGCCAGACGCUGGGUUGGCUAG